AUGGAAUUUCGAAGGUAUUUCUCAAGUGAAGAUUAUAUUUUUGAAAUAAAAAAUAAUGAGCAAUUAUUUUCGUGUGAGAAUGUAGCAAAGAACAUAAAACCAUUGUGGAGUUUGAAAGGUCACAGGAAUUCGAUUGAAGGAGUUCAUUUGAUAGAUAAUGAGAAAUUAUGCACAGUUUCUCAUGAUAAUUUAGUAUCUGUAUGGAGAUUAGAAGAUAAAAAGAAUAUAGUAAACAUAAAAUUUGAUGAUGCUAUAUUAUGUUCUAGUUAUUUUAAGAAGAAUAAAUAUUUAUGUAUAGGAAGAACAAAUAUGAAUAAUAAUAUUAAUAUAAUUAAUAUGGAUAAAGAAGAAAUAAUAGAAAGUUAUAUAAGUGAAUGUAAUUCAAUAUUUUCUAUAAAUUAUUAUGAUGAUAAUAGGAUAUCAUAUGGUAGUAAAGACGGAUCUAUUUGUUUUUUUGAUUUAAUUAAAAAAAAAAAUAUAUAUAGAUAUGAAGAAAUAGGAGAUUGUAUAAACUAUUGUGCAUCAUCAUAUACAGAUAAUAAUUUAUAUAAUAAUAUAAACAAUAAUAAUGAUAAUAUUCUUAUGAAUCCUAAUUUUCAUAUAUUUAGUACAUAUAAAGGUAAUAUAUUAUUUUUUGAUUUAAGAUGUAUGUUACCUAUUUAUCAAAAUAAUAAUUUACAUUCAAAUUAUUCUGUUAAUUGUCUCUAUUGUUAUAAUUAUUUUUUAUAUUCUGGUGCUUCCGAUUGUUUAAUUAAAAAAUAUGAUAUAAGAUAUAUUGAUGAAAAGAAACCUUUACAUAUAUAUAUUGGACAUACAUCUCCUAUAAGAUAUUUAUCUUUUUCAAAAAAUUUCUCUUAUUUUACUUCUUCUUCUGAUAAUGGAUGUAUAAAAUUAUGGUCUGUUAAUAAAACAAAGCAAGGAAAAGAAAAUAAAACAUAUUCAUCUUUUAAUAAUAAUCUUAUAUCACCUUCUUCAGCCUUUUCAUUUGAUCUUGAUUCUCCUGUAAAUGAUCCAUUAAAGGUGAAGGUGAUGAAUAUUCAAAAUAAUAAAAUGGCUGAUAGCUUUCUUCAAAUAAAUAGAGAAAAAAAUAAUAAAAUAAUGAAAGAAAACAAAAUGAUAUCACCUAAUAAUAAUAAAAAGAAUAAAAAUAAAAAUAUUAAUAUUAAUAAUAUUAAUAUUAGUAAUAUUUAUAAAAAUAUGCGUUCUUCAUCUAUCGUUUCUGAUACCAAUUAUUGUGUAAAUAAUUCCUAUGAUACUACACAGAAAAAAAAAGAAAGAAAAAACAUCUUCAGCAAAAAAUAUGAAAAUAUUUUAUCAGAAUUUCAAAAGAAAAAAAGAACUAUAACACCUAAUACCAUUUUAACUAUAUCUAAUGAGAAAAAAAAAAAAGUACAAGCUGUUUCAAAAAAUGAAUUAUUUAAUAUGUGUAAAAUGAAUAAGACUCAGUUAGAUAAGGAGAAGAGUCAUAAAGGUCAUUUCUUUUUAAAUGACUCUUUAAAUAUCAAUAAAAUGGAUAAUAAAUUAAUGAAUAGUAAGAAAAAUCAAUCCAUAAAAGAAAUGGAUAUAUUAAAAAAUAAAAAAAGAAAUGAUCAAUUUAAAGUAACGAAUAAAUUACAUAUACCAUCACCUAUAAAUUAUUCUAAUACUAAAGGAGAUAAAAUAUAUAAAGGGAAAAAUGAAAGAAGUCAAAUAAAAAGAAAUAUAUCAAAAGAUACAAAUAAAUAUUUAAAUAUUCAAUCACCUAUAAGUAAUAAAUUUAAUGAAUCUGAUUAUGAAUCCUUUUUUUAUAACAAUGAAAAUGUUAUAAAUAAUUUAUAUCCUUCUACUAGAAAAGUCAAAAUAAAAUAUGCGCAUUUAUCAAUGUUGAAUCAUAAAGGUCGUGUUACAUCAAUGGAAUGGUUAGAUGAUCUUCUCUUUUCUGUUUCUUGGGACCAGACCAUAAAAUGUUGGAACGUCAAAAAGUAUUUGAUGGAAUAA